AUGUUUCUUCAGUACUUGCUUCUAUUCCUUAUGCUCCCACUCUGCAGCUCCACUAACACCAUAACUCCCAACCAGCCCUUCAGAGAUGGUGACCUUCUAGUCUCUAAACAGUCCAGGUUCGCUCUUGGCUUCUUCAGUCCACGGAAUUCUACACUCCGAUACAUUGGAGUUUGGUACAAUACAAUUCGUGAGCAAACCGUUGUAUGGAUUCUUAACAGAGACCAUCCUAUCAACGAUAACUCCGGAGUCCUCUCCGUCAACACUUUUGGAAACCUCCUUCUGCACCGUGGAAACACUCAUGUAUGGUCCACAAACGUUUCCAUCUCAUCAGUCAACGCUACUGUGGCUCAGCUGUUAGAUACCGGAAACCUAGUCUUGAUCCAAAACGAUGACAAGAGGGUUGUUUGGCAAAGCUUCGAUCACCCGACAGACACCAUGCUUCCCCACAUGAAGCUAGGACUUGACCGGAGAACUGGGUUGAAUCGGUUCUUAACAUCUUGGAAGUCACCGGAAGACCCGGGAACAGGUGAAUACUCGUUUAAGUUGGAUGUGAAUGGAUCUCCUCAACUGUUCUUGUCUAUGGGUUCCAAGUGGAUUUGGCGAAUGGGCCCCUGGAACUGUCUUGGAUUCGUGGGUGUGCCGGAGAUGUUAACUACCUUCAUAUUCGACAUCCGGUUUUGGAACACUGGGGAUGAGGUCUCGAUGGAAUUCACCCUCGUGAAUUCUUCCACUUUCUCAAGCAUUAAGUUGGGCAGUGAUGGACUCUACCAGCGCUACACGUUGGACGAACGAAACCGCCAAUUGGUAGCGAUCUGGUCGGCGGCGAGGGACCCCUGCGACAACUACGGUCGGUGUGGGCUCAACAGCAACUGCGACGUCUACACAGGAGCUGGCUUUGAGUGCACAUGCCUUGCGGGAUUCGAGCCCAAGUCGCAACGUGACUGGUCCUUGAGAGACGGGUCGGGUGGGUGUGUGAGGAUCCAAGGCACGAAUACCUGUAGGAGUGGGGAAGGGUUCAUAAAAAUAGCAGGUGUGAAGCCACCAGAUGCAUCGACGGCACGUGUUAACGAGAGUUUGAACUUGGAAGGCUGUAAAAAGGAGUGCUUGAAUGACUGUAACUGCCGUGCAUACACUAGCGCUGAUGUGAGCACAGGAGGAAGUGGGUGCUUGUCUUGGUACGGGGAUUUAAUGGACAUAGGAACCUUAGCCCAAGGGGGCCAAGAUUUAUUUGUUCGCGUGGAUGCUAUUAUUUUAGGUAUGCGUUCCUACUUACAAAAUUAA